AUUGCUCAGUAUUGACAUAGCAACGCUGUGUAUUGAGCGCUGAGUAUUUCUGUUUGGGAUUCGUUUUCGCUUCGCCUCUUGCUGUCGAAGUGUUUAGCCGUGUUUUUUCUUUUUUUUUUUUUUCUUUUCCUGCUGCCGCCAUGAACGCGGCGGUGGUGAAAAAGACUCAGGACACUCUGGGCAAAGUGAUAAAGAAGCCGCCGCUCACGGAGAAGCUGCUUAGCAAGCCGCCGUUCCGAUACCUUCACGACAUCUUCAGCGAGGUGAUCAGGACCACCAGUUUUAUGAAAGGCCUGUAUGAAGAAAAUGAAAUGAAGUCUGAUAAUGUGAAGUUGUCCAGUGAUGAAGCAGUAAAGCGAGUGCUCACAGGAGACAAGGUGGACCUAAAGACCAAGGCCGGCACCUCCAAGUSCCAGGGCAAGGAGAACAGGGAGGGACGUGAACGCCCGCUGGACAAAGAGGAGAGAAAAAAGAUAACGGAGCGCAGCGGCAGCCGGGAGCAGAAGGACCCAGACCAGCCUAAAGAGCCAGAGAGUCGGCAGAGAGACGAAGACAAAGAUGGCGAGAGGUCGGACCGGCACCACCGCAGCAAACAGGAACACCAGACCAACGACAAAGACAAGAGUCGAGACAGGGAGCGAGACAAAGGACGCGUCCGGGACAAGGACAAAGACCGAGACAGAGUCAGAGAGAGAGACAAGGAGCGGACCAGAGACAGGGAUUCUCACAGAGACCGGGAACGAGACAAAGACAGAGAGCGACGCAAAGACCGGGACGAGAGAAACAAGAGUGGAGAGAGCAGAAAUGAGAAAGCCAGAGAGUCAGAAGUACUGCAGCAGAAACCCAGUCCUGAGGAGCAGAGCAGCAAACCAGCCAAACCAGUGCCAGCAGAUCCAAAUCCGGCUGAAGAGCCUGCAGAAGUAGACGAGAACCAGACGAACAGUCCAGUGAGAAUACCUCGGCCUUCGUCUGCCAAGGGGCAGAGGAGGAGACCAAAGAUUGAGGGUCAAGACGACUCGGACAGUGAAGGAGAUGGAGCUGCUUCGUUACCUCAGAGACCCGUUCCGCAGGAAAACGGAGACGCUGGAGGAUCCUCAUCCGACAUGACUUCCAGGUUAUCAAGUGCCAAGGCCCCAGCACCUGUCAUAUUAGACGGGAAGAGGCUGUCGGGGGAUGAGGAGGAUGAAGACGAGCAGUUCCUUGUGGAGGAAGCAGCCCCCCUACCCCCUGAUGUUCCUGAGAUAGUGAGAGAACCUGGACAAGAACUGGACAGUGAAGCAAAUCAUGGUGGGCUCGUGAAAAAGAUCCUUGAGACCAAGAAGGACUAUGAAAAACCUAAAGACCAGAACUUGGUGUCCGAACCUGCUCAUAAAAAAGAGCAGGAAAUGAUGAACAGGGAGAUCGAGCGUCUCCGCGCCUCCAUCCAGUCGGUUUGCCGCAGUUCCCUGCCGCUGGGGAAGAUCAUGGACUACAUCCAGGAGGACGUGGACGCCAUGAAGGCUGAGCUGCUCUCCUGGCGGCAGGAGAACAAGGAGCAUGCGCAGGCCCUGCUGGAGGAACAGAGGCUGACAGAGCAGGCCGUGAUGCCUCUGAAAACCAAGCUGGCUGAGCUGGAGCAGCAGAUCAGGGACCAGCAGGAUAAGAUCUGCGCUGUGAAGUGCAACAUCCUGAAGAACGAGGAGAAGAUUCAGAAAAUGGUGACCGGGAUCAACGUCUCCUCCAGAACCUGAGUGAAAAAUAAGGACUGGAGAGAAGAAGAAAAAAAACGUAAACAUGCGUUAAAUGAGUAUGAGCAGGUAAUUGUUCUGAAAACAUAAAACUGUAAGGUCAUUUAUUCCAGAGGACAAUGGAAUAAAAACCACUUGUAGGUUUUGUUGUCAGUGCAGGAGAACCUGAAUACUUUACUGUAAACUGGAGGAGAA